AUGCGCAUUACAUCAACUGCUGAAACAAAGACAACGAUUGCUAUGCUUCCGAUGUUAGAGCAACAUGACCUAAAGCUGCUCGCAUAUAGCGAAAGAGUAGGUCUAGCCGUCCAAACAAUGGAUCGUAACCCAAACAUGACCAGAAGACGCGCUGCUUCAAUCUUCAAAGUUAAACGAAGAUCAAUUCGUGAUCGAUCCGUUCACAGCCCUGCUGAGGCAACCACAGCUUCCGCCAUCGUCGCCCCAAACAACCAAGAAAACAGCAACUUCCAUGCCUUACCUACCGAACUAAUCUGCGCAAUCCUCGACAAUCUCAUAUCCGCACGAGACGUCGUUGCUGUUGGACAAACAAACGAGACCUUGCGCCACGUUGCGAUCGACCAUCUUUGCCGGAAUGCCUGUCGCUACAGUGCCAUCAGCUGGGCUAUAUAUGCAGGACGGAGAACGCUUCUU